AGAGGAGCUGGAGCGUCGCGGAGCCGCGAGGCUGCUCGCCUCAGCCCCACCCCCGAGGUGGGUCCCGGCCGGCCAGUCCCUGUCCAGGCUGGCAGAACAGGCACUCUCGGCUGUGGGCGGUGUGACGUCGCUGGCCCAGCCCGGGGAGGUCCUCCCAGGGCGCCCAGGGAGGGCGGACCUUGGGUCGGACCCGCCGCCCCCAAUCCCGGGGCCUGGGGGGUCCCCCUCACCUUGCCCCGGCCUCCUGCCAGUCGCCACCACCCCUAGCCUCUCCCGCUGAGUCCGGCGCCCCAGAGAGGAUUAAGUAAGUGCUGAGGUCGCCGCUUCUGUGCAAGAAUGGAGGAAUCACAGAGUCGCGAAGGGAGGCAGGGAGCUCUCUUUAUCCAAGGACGUGGCCCCCUGUAUGGGUAGUGGGGGCCACAGGCUGGGACACCCCUGAUGUCAGAAGUGAGUGAGCAGGUUGACUGACCACAAGCAGUCCCUCAGCAUCAGCAUGGACUCCAGGAUCCCAUCUGCUAGGAGCUGGAUCAGCAGCCACCCACCCACCUCUGAACCUGACCUGGAGCCUGCCACAGAUGGGCCAGCUUCCGAGACCACCACACUCAGCCCAGAAGCCACCAGCUUUAAUGACACCAGAAUCCCUGACGUGGCUGGUGGCACAGCCGGCGUGGGCACAAUGCUUCUGUCCUUUGGGAUCAUCACAGUGAUUGGCCUGGCUGUGGCCAUGGUUUUGUACAUCAGGAAGAAGAAGAGGCUGGAGAAGCUGCGCCACCAGCUCAUGCCUAUGUACAACUUCGACCCCACGGAGGAGCAAGAUGAACUGGAGCGGGAGCUGCUGGAGCACGGGCGGGACACUGCCUCCGUGCAGGCCGCCACCGCUGUGCAGGCCACGCUGGCCAAGACCACUCUCCCCUCUCAGGGCCCAAUGCAGAGGCCCAGCCGGCUGGUGUUCAGCGAUGUAGCCAAUGCCAUCCACGCGUGAGGACCCCGGGACAGGCCUGGACCUCUGAUGAAAACACCUGCCACAGUGCCCUCAGCUGCCAACUCCGAGAUCAUUAGGACCUCCUCUCAGGACCUGCCCUGCCAAGGCCUCAGCUAUUUUGAGGACCCAGCUGCUGACCCUCCAGGCUCUAAAAGAGACCCCUGGCCAGGUUGGGCAUAUGGCCACUGAUAUCCCCUGACCUGAGGGCCCUGGAAUGCAGAGCAUCCCUCAUAAGGCUUCCUUAUGCUGGCUGGCUUCCUUGUGCCCUUCCCAGACCCCUCACAUCAGGGUCUGCUCCUCUAAUGUGGAGGAAAUGGGGGGAGAUGUGGGAUGCGAGGGGGAAGGGAAGGAGAGUAGGGGGGUUCCCAUCCAUCAGGGAGAGACAUAUCUUUGGAAUCUGGAGUCUCCUCUGGGGUUGAGGAGAGGCAGCCACCCAGGUCACAGCCACAUGGUACGGUGGUACUCUGGGAGAGGCUCAGGGAUAGAGUUGAAACUGCCCAGUGGGCAAGGAUGCCAGCAGGAGGGCUGCUCAUACCCAAGGUCAGUCCAAAUUACAGGGAUGCAUGAGGUCUUCCAGCCACCCCUCCGUGGUGGUCGGCUAUUGGCUGGGCCCAAGCUAGGAUGAGAGCUGAGGGGGAAGGGAGGUGGGGGAGCAGGUGUGGAGAGAUGCAGUGCCCAGACCUGCUGGAAGGCCUCCUGCAUGCGCAUGAAGGUGCCCACCUGCAGACACGUGCCUGUCCCAGCACAGGGGGCAGGAUGGAGACCCCUGCAUUGGCUCCACCCUCCAAGCCACCCCCAACCCCAUGGUGUGUAGAGGAACGUUAAGUAGGCCACCUUCUCCACCUUCAGUGUUCAGGGACUGAAGGGAGAGGGAAGCAAAGGCAAGGGUCCACUGCCCACCACUGGGCACUUCACUGGGCUCUAAAAGCCAGGUAACCUGCUUCUGGAACAGUUCCCUGUCUUGGUGUUUAUCGGGGACCUGGGGUUGGGGGAGAGACUAUUGGUCAGAGGGCGGUGGUCGCCAGCUGCAGGCUAGCAGGGGAAGUUCUGAAUGCCUGAAACAGGGUGGGGAUAGCCCCUUGGAAAACAGACCUAAGAGACCUAGUCUGGGUUUUGAUCACACAACCCACCUACCCAUUGUCCACCCACCCCAUGCCCCGCAGGAAUUCUGCCAGGCUGGGGCAUCUGGGCAAGGCACUGGGUCAAGCCAGACCCCAAGAGCUGGGCACUUCUCCGCUGGGCACACAUGUGCACCUGAGCAGGCACAGACACACACCCCUGUGCCCAGCCUCGCCGCCAUCACUGUCCUCUGCUGGUUGGCGGGGACGUGAGGGUGGCAAAUACGAGGUGUCAGGCUGUGAGGGCCUAGGAGGACUUCAUGGGGAAGGUCCUGGAUUUAUUUCCUCCUCUAGAUGCUAUAAAUACGUUAGCAUUUGAGCCAACUGGAGGGCUAUGGGUAAUUUAGGAUGCACAGAAACUAAUUUAACUCAUAGCAUCUCCAUGUGAGAGCAUUAAAGAUGUAAUUAAGACGUUUACACAAAGAGAGUGUGAGCCUGUGACACUGGGGAUGUGAAACCCCAGGAGGGGUGGGAUGGGUGAGGGGCUGUGGGGGGGAUGGUCGCUUGGAUAUCAGCUAUGAGGUGGAAGCCCAGCUGGCUUUCCUUAAUCUAUCCAAUGAGUUGCCUCUGGUCCUGAGUUCAAGGCUGCUCUGGGGCCUCGUGCCUCAGCUGUGGAAUGGGGUCACGACGCCUGCCAUAUCCUUGGUUGGAGAGGCCAAGUGGACAGGACCUAUGGGACAGGAGGAGGGAGGGGGCUUGAGCCCCAAGGGCCAGGGGGAGGUGCGGUGCCUCAGGACCCAUAGGAGUGGGGUGUGAAACACAAAAAAGAAGAAAAUAAUGUGCUCUGUGUCCCAGAGCACAGGAGUGCAGCGGAUGGGUGGUGUUGGGAAGCCACAAGGGUUAUGUGUGGGGAACCCACCUGCAGUGUUCAGAAGGGUUUGGAGGGUUUGGUCACUAUUGUGACCUAAUGCCCUAGUUUUCCCAGGACUGCACAAUUUUAGGAUUGAAAAUCUCAUAAACCAGGACUUUAAGUGACAUCCUGACCCUCUGCUAAAGAACUGAGCCUUCAGGCUAGCAUAAGUGGAAACGAGGAGAGGGUGAGCCCCAGUCCCAUGGUGGAGGGCCGGGCUGGACCUGGGGGUUGCAGGACAGGGCCUUGGGUAAGAGUGAGGGCCCCAAGCACCCCAUGGGCCUCCCACACUGGGGUCAAACAGCCGAACCUGUCAGUGACAAGCCUGGUCUUGGGGAGGGGUCUCCUUUCCUCAGCAGACUGACAGAGGAUUUCUGAGGGUGAGGGGAGACGGGAUGUGUGGGCUGUGCACCUCAAUCCUGUUGGAUAGCCCCUCAGCCCCAUAAUGUGGGAGCUGCAGAGGACCCAAUGUCUGGGAGACCCUAAAAAUGGAGUCCGGAGAGUAAGGUUGGCACCCAGGGACCAGAGCCUGGGAUGGGGGCUCCGGGAGGACCCCUGUCCCCAUUCUCUCCCACUGCCUGACCCAGAUCCCUGUCCUGGUUGGGUGGGUUUGGCUAGGUGAUGGCCACAGGGCAGCUUUCUCUGGGUGACGGGGGCCGCUUCCUCCUCCUUUGUCCCCUCACAUCACCCCCUCUUCCCUUCCACCCACCUUCUGUUUUCUAGCUCUCUCUCACUCCUGGAGGAAUACCAAAUGCCCCCCAAAGUUCCCAGGUCUUCCACAGAGUGUGGGAUCAAUAAACAUUGGGAUAAAAUGUUCCAGGUGACGUGUCCUCCAUGUGACCAUGGGCCUGGUGGACUGACCAGAAAGCUCCUCGCCGCCCUCAGCCAGGCAGACGG